AUGAACAUUCCAACCAAUCUUUGUGGUGUGGAAAGUAGUUUACCGCCGAUUGUGAAGGUAAGCAAAACAUAACAGAAAGAAAAACCAUACAGUAAAUAGAUAAACAGAAGUAAGUUUUCUUAUUGUUUUAUGUUGGUUUACGAAAGUAUUUUUCUCCUUGUAGAUAUUUAUUUGUUAUCCACAAUCUUGUCGAGUGAUCGAACGAAGCUGUGAGGACAAAUGGGAACUUGCCAUGGUGAAAAACCUUUGCCUAGAAAACUAUAAGGCUGCAGCAAACUCUUCCCUCAAGUUUUCGCCGUUUAAAAGGGCAAUCUUAAAUGCAGUUAGUGGUAUUCUAAAGAAUGAGCUAACCCAAUAUAGCAAAGGAAAAUCGGCUGGUAGAUAUAACAGAGAUCCUUUGGGCUUGAGAACUUUCAAUAAUGAUGAAUUGUUGGAGAGCGCCCGAGUGCAAAUGCCAUGGAUACAUUCCAUAGUUACAAACACUAGCAAAGCUGGGGUUAAAUAUGAGAAAAACAAGCAAGCUUUGGCCAUAUCUGCGAUGUUAAAUACAUUGAUUCCAAGAUCUAAUUUUGUCUCCAGAAUCAACACCCUCCUUACAGCUGGUUGCUGUAGAAACGAAAUAAUGUUCCAUCGUCUUGGUUUGUCAAGUCACCCAAACACGAUCCGCGAGCAGCUCGAAUCGUCUGCCCAGCAUUAUAACACCGAUAUCUUGGUAUGGAAAAACAAGAUAGAAAGAAACCGCAAAAAUUACAAGUUACUGCAAGAAGCUCUCCUCUCGCAGACCGCUACGAACGACGGUAUGGUUUUAUGUUCAGUGGACUUUUCUCUUAGUGCAGUAGAGAAAUACAGGUAUUUUGAUGAAGAAACGUACAAGUAUUGUCUCGAACUUCUGCCUCCGGUCAAAAGAGUGAUGAUAAUGUUCUAAUAUAUGAAGAUUCAGAAUUUGUAGCUGCUAUGAAAUCACUUACAGGAGAGAAGCUUCCAUUAUACAGGUUAGUAUAAAAAUAUAAAAUAGUAAUUCAAUUAACCCUUAGUGGCAAUGAACCCUUGAUGCACCAUAUUUUCGUAUUUUACUCUGUCUAACACCAGACGAUUUUACUUGUCAAGUGGAGAGUGCUGACACUUAAUGGGUAAACCAAAAAUGCACCCUGAUGCACCUAAUUUAGUAUAUUACUCUGUCUAGCUACGCCAGACGAUUUUACUUGUCGAGUGCUACCACUCAAUGGGUUAAAACCUUAUCCAAUCAAAAACAUGUGGGUGCGGUUGAUAUGCGUCUGGAGUAAAAAGGGGGAUGUGCUUCUGACUAUUAUACGCCUAAAGUCAAUAGAAACCCAUGCAAGUCAGUGUUAUUACAAUUAUAUAAUACCUGAAAGAAAUGUGUGGUUGUGUAUUGUUGUUUAAGUAUAUUGUUUAUUUCUAAUACACUUGCAUGACCCCCCCCCCCCCCCUUUGGAAUAUCAUUUUAUAUGUAUUAAUGGAAUAUAUUCUUCACCCCAAAGAAGAUGAGCAAACUGACCCCUUAGGGAGUGGUCAUUAUUUAUGGGGAUGGGGGGGGGUAAAUGGGAGGGGGGAAACAAAGUUUUACCCUUAUAAGUAGGGGGGGGUUCAAAAAAGUUUUAACACAGAGAAAGGGAGUGGUCCAAAAAGUUUUUGAACUUAAUUACCAUGUCUAGAGUUCUGAUUUCUAUUAUAAUCACAAAUAGCAAAAAAAGAAGACUCUGAAAAUGCUAUUUCCAAUGAUCUAGAGACUCAAAGUGUUCAAAAUUUCCCUGCUCAGUGCCAACCAUGGUAGUGAGAGUCAGGCCCACUAAAGCUUCCUACCCUGUGAGUCUCACCCAGUUGUGGUAUUUAUAUAAAUAUACCAUGCAAGUACACUUAACUGAUCAGAUUCGGUCUAUCAAAGCACAAUUAACUCUGUAUAUACAAAAAUCUGUUUCAGAAAAUGCUCACAUUUCAGUUUUAGGGGUGGAAAAAUACAAAAAAAUUUCUGAGGGAGAAUUCCCCCAAACCUCCCUACUAGUACAUACGAUAUCACACCAAACGUUUUGUCACAAACAACCAUCUGUCAUCUCUAUGUAUGUCAUAGUAUGGUCUCUUUUUGUAUGCCCCCAGAAAAGUUCUUAAAAAAACCCGUCAUUGUGUUCAAAUCAUUUCUCUGUAUGAAGACGGGCCAUGGGUUAGGGUUAUGGUAGGACAAAUGUUGCAUUGCAAAAUAUUAACACAUAAUAUAUCUUUUUUAAUCAUAUAUGGUUGAAUCAUAUUCACCAGGGUAAAACAUCUUGAGCUAGAUUAAACAGAUUGUCCUAAUAUCUAACUUUACCUGCAACACACACCUGUUUCAUUGGAUGUGUUAAUUUUUCAAUCCACACUGGAGGGGGGUGGGGGGUCAGAAAAGUUUCUACUUUUAUGAGGGGGGAGUCAGAAAAAGUUUGCCUUCUGAGUCUGGAGGGGGGGGGGUCAAAAAAGUUUUCAAUCCUUAUUGCUCUGCAAACAUCCAUGGUAGGGUUUGGAUGGGUUUUUUUGGAACACUUUAACACUUUCAAAAGUGGGGCUACAAACAAGUAAUUGAAUUAACAAGACCUUCUGCAUGAACUAUUACUAACUAAUAAGAUGUGGGGUGUAUCCAAUGAUUACAUAACCCAAAUACAUUGAGCAUCAACACUUUCUUUCUUGAAAUCACUAAUUUUUUCUUAUUACAUUUGAUAUAGGAUUGUUGGAGAUAAUAUUGAUAUUGAGCAGAGAGCCCGAAUUCAGAGUCACAAAAAGCCCAACCAAUCCCUGCAUUGGUUUCAGAUUUAUGCUGUGAAGGAUCGUGUGAUAUGUGAUUUACCAGAUGUGAACCCACAAAAACCAUUAAAAGACCUACAGAUGAAGGAGUUCCUCCCAACACCAGAGGUGCAUGCCGCCUUAAUACAUGACCUUACUUUCCUGAUUCCAAGAAUCAUUGUGAAGUAUUUGCCAUCUUAUGAGAUGUUCAAAAAUGCUGUGAUAUAUCACAUUCCCCAAAAGCAUUCAGUGGAAAUGAUUGCACAGUCACAUGUGGUACGUAUGUGUGUUAACAAAUUAAAUUACAAAAAAAUAUAAAUUGAAUUCAGCUGUCCUUAAGAGUCAUGUUUACACUACAAGCCUUAGCCUGGCCUACAUUUUGACAGUGUGAACAGAACUAAUGGACUAGACUUGGCCUGACAUUGGCCAGGUAAUCUGGGCUCACCACAACCGGUGGCAAUGUAAACACUUUCGGCCCUGGUCUGGGCUUAAUGUUUCCGUGGAGUUGUGUGCCCAGAGCGAACAACCACCGGACAAGACAAAUAAAUUAAAGUUACAAAAUAAAUUUGCUGAAAUUCUAUGCCAAGUGAGCCACUGUCUCAAAAUACCAGUGUAAAUGUGUCAUGCACACAUUUACCUACCUUGGUCUGACCAAGGCUUGUCUCCAUCUGUUUUGUUUGUAUUAAUUUUCAUGCUGUGGUAACCCCUUAAGGUUAGAGUAUGGAAUCUUUGGAGAUUAUGAGAAGCAUACCAACCAAAAUUUUGAAAACAAGUAUGAGUAUUGCUACUAGCCAGUUCCCUGGCUAAAAUUUCUUAUUCUUUAGAUACCAAUGAAACACUGAAAAAAUAAAUGCAUUCUAAUUUUUCAUUCCUGUUUUGUAGUGUUCCUUAGGUCUGGAGUUUAAGAACUCAAACAUGGCAGCAGAAAUGGCUGAAAUAAUGCACAAUAUACAGGAGAAAUUUGUACCAUCUACCUAUGUUGAUGGCAAAUCUGAAAUCCUACAGAGAGUAUUUCUUGACGGUGACCAGCUUACCGAAGAACGCGCAAGGAAUGCUCAGUUAGCCAACUCUGUAGCAGAUAAACCAACUGAACGCUUGAGUGGGCUUGAGACAUCAUUUGCAGAUUGGCAUCUUGGAAAAAACAUGCUUAUGGUAAGAAAAUAACAUAGUCCAGUUUACAUCAUUUUUUCCAUGGGAUAGAAGAAAGAUAUUUUUGGCAGAGGAAUUCUAAUGCUUAUGAUGGGGGUUUUCAGUAUACAUACAGUAUUUGAACUUGAGACCCGUAGAAGGGUAGGAAAAUCAUGAUUUUAGACCUAUAUAUAUGGAGGAGGGGUUGAAAAAAGAGUACUCUCCAUAUGCUUGUGAAAAUGUUAACAAUAGACUUUAUGCAUAAUGACGUCAUAAGGAGUUAGGCAUGCAGGGAAUUCUGGUCUUAAUAUAGUGGGCAACUUUCAAAACAAAUUUGCUUUGAAAGUUUCACACUGUGACUACUAAGGCCAGAAUUCCCUGCACGCAUCACCUCUUGUGACGUCAUUAUGCAUAACGUCUAUUAUGGAUGACCCCUAACACAUUACAUAUGAAUACAUUGUUUUGCUAUUGUUCCAAGCUUUUAUUCAAACUCUUCGUGAAAGAAGGCUCAGCAGCUGAUAUAGGGACCAGCUAUGCCUCCAUGAAUCGCAAUGGGAAGACAAAUGCCAAGAAAGGACCAGAUAAAGAUUAUAAUGCCUAUAAGGAGUUUUUUUGACAGAGAGACAGAGGCACAUCUUAUUGCCCGAUGGAUGAAAUUUGCUGGAAUGUAGACAUAUGAAGGUGAUAAUAAUAAUUGUCCUCAGUUGCAUGCAUUACUCAUCGUCACAUCUCACAUAGUCAUAUAUAAGUUUUGCACAGGUAGAUGUGGCAAAUCCCUCACAUAUUUAAUUUAGUCUAGACAUUUCUCGCAUCUUAUAGAUACCCCAUUGAAACGAUCUAUUCCUGUCGUAAGAACAUGGACUGUUCAAGAGAAGGUAUCUUGGUUGAAAAAAGAGGUUGAGUUGUUCCUUCACGAAGUGCUUCAGCCCUGUGAUGUUGCUGAAAAAGUUGAUGAACUUGAUAUUGCACACAGACAAGGCUUUGCUUGCCGUAGUAAAGGCUGUUCUACAGUGUUUCAUCUACAUUCAAGUAGAGUCAGGUAUUAAAGAAGUAUAAUUUUCCCUAUUAACCCAUAAGUUGCAUUGUGCUCCAAUGCACCAUACACUUGACUUUUUUACUUGUCAAGGGAAAGUGCUAGGGCUCAAUGGGUUAAUUUAAUAAAUGGAAACAGUUGAGAGCUUAUUAAUUAUUAAAGUACUUGUUUACCACAAUUACUUUUUCUUUGUUCGUACAUAAUACUGUAUACAGACAUGAAGUGUCACAACAUCCUGGAAUAGAAAUUGCUGAAGAUGGUGACCUGGAUAGGGACAGGCUAGGUUAUUACAAAUGUAGGAACUCUCACUGUCCUGAUGUCUUCAUCACUAAAGCUACUCGAAAAAGGUAUGCUUGUAUUUAUUUGUUUUGUGUUGGGGAAUUCCUGUUCAUUAAUGGAGUAAUGAGUUUUGUGUAUACAAUACAUACAAAGUUCUCCUUAUUUAUUGUAUAUUUGAAUAAAUGUUCUUUUCAGUUUACCCAAUAAAAGUCUAAUCUUUUUCCAAACCAAGCAUUUUUUCCACACUUCACUGUAUUUAGACAUGAAAGCUCAAAACAUGAUGUGAACCAUGAUGAUGCAAAGCCCCCUGUCACAGAGCAUAAGAAGAGUUCUAGUGAUCCAAUUUAUCAAUACCACAAUGCAAGGCUACAAUGUGGGCUGUUAGUACUCAACAUGAUGGAUGCUGUUCAAGAAGGGGAUGGCAACAGGCUUGUUCGGUGCUACAAGAUGAUUCUGUUACUCCAGUACAAAUUCCACCAUACAAAGUAUGCAUUUGUUCUUCUACUCUUCUUUGCAAAGAUUUAUGCCUUGCUAUCGGAAAAAGAAGCAUAUCUGCUUAUUCACAACCGCUUUGUCAACAAGAAGGGUAAGAAAGGGGGUAACAUUGCACUAGAUCUCCACAUGGAGCACCUUAAUUUGGAUGUAAAAAAGAUGCUCCAUGCAAUGGGAGGGAAGAUAACUGAGGCAGCUGCACAGAGAUGUGCUCGUAGCAUGACUGUAAUGAACAAAAUUGUGGACAGUGUUUAUGAGGAGUGUGACAAAUCGCAUCGCACAGGCUACCAUGGAAUCAAGACAAGUAAGGAAACAGUGCAUUCAAUUACCCAUGAUUUAAUACAAAGAGAUGUACUUGUUGAGUCAUUGACAUUUAAAGUUAUACAGUAA